GCUAAGAGCGCUUCCGGAGACAGAAUCGUCCGAGUGGCGGCGGAGGUUCCCGAAGGCGCUCGGAGUCCCUCGGCGGCCUGCACGCAGCAUGGAGUCCGCGUGUUCGAGCCGCUCUUCGGGCGACAUUCGCUGCGGGCCGUGCUUGGCCGAGCGAGCGCCUUACACCUGCCCGCGGUGCCACCUCCGCUUCUGCUCCGUGCCUUGCUACCGAGCUCACGGCGCCUGCGCCCGGGAUUUCCAGAGCCGCGAGCUGCAGCUCCGCCUGCGGGGCCAGCGGGGGGACGAGGCUUCCCGACGCCGCCUGAAAGAGGCCCUCCUCCGGCUGCAGGAGCUACGCGAGCCCAAGGAUGCGGGCCUCCCGCUUGGCCUCGGCCCGUGCGAAGCGAAGGACCAAGCGGGGCUCUGGGGGCGGCUGAGCCCCGGGCAGAGGAAACACUUCCAGCGGCUGCUAAGCACCGGGGAGAUCGCGGCCUUCCUGCCCCGCUGGGAGCCCUGGUGGGAGGCGGCGGCGGGGGGUGGCCGAGGCGGCGGGGCUGCACUGGUGCAGGAGCUGCCGCCUUCGCCGCCCGCGGAGCACAAGCCCUGCCAGGGCGCCCCGGCCUCCCGGCCGCCCGGGGCAGUGCCAGCCGUACCCGCCUCCAUCCCGCCGCUGUCCGCCCUGCGGCGCUCGCCGCCCUCGCCGCUGCUGCGCUUCCAGCUGCCCAACGUGCUCUUCGGCUACGUCUACGCCCUGGCGCUCUACCACGGGCAGGCCGGCGGCGAGGAGGAGGAGGCGGGCGAGCUCCUGCGCGACUUCUGCGGGACGGUGCUGGACGUGUCGGCGGCGCUGGGGGCCCGGCGGGUCUUCCGCUCGGCGGGUGAGGCCCUGCAGGGCGCCCUCCAGGCGCUGGAGGGCGGGCGGUACCCGGAGUGCCAGCUGGGCAACGCCGCGGUGAUGGCCGCCGUGGCCCGGAUCCUGCUCGGGGAAGGCCCGGCGAAGCCGAAGCGGUACAGCCUGGCCGCGCUGGCCCACCUCGCCCGGCUGCUGGACGAAGGGAAGCGGCGGGCCCCGGCCGAGGAGCGGCCCGCGCUGGCCCGGGCCCAGAAGAAGUGCCGCUUCCUGCUCUCUUGGGCGAACGAGAACGAGCCGGAGCUGGCGCCGCUGGCCCUGGAGGUGCGGCGGGAGUGGCAGGCCCACCGGGGGGCGGCCGCCGAGGUGGGGGCCCUCGCUCGGGAGCUGGAGCGGAGCUGGGGGGCGAAAGUGCCCCCUCCCCAGAAGCCCCUGAUCGAAGAGCUGGACUGAGCGGCGGGAGCUCCACCGCGAGAAGGGCUGCUUUGCCCUCUUGCUUCGACAGAGACCCAGAAAGGGAGCUCCAGUUGGGGUUGUAAGAGACACUGAGGGGGCGCUUUGUAAUAAAAAGUGAACUUCCUUGGAUUUGUUCCAGCCUCUCUUUUAAGCCUCUCCACACCACCAGCCGAGGUAUGUUUAGUUGGGGUAGGGAGCACUGAUACCCGGGGAACUGGGCUUAAUUGAACCGCCCUAAUUGCAAAGAGUCAUACAAAGGGUGAUGAGCAGAAGAGCGCGCCGGGAUUCUGGAGGCAGCACCUCUGGAUCUUGCAGACUGUGGCUUCCAUCAGCUCCUGCAGUGCUGGCCAGCAACCAAAGAUAAGGAAACUUACUGGGCCUUGAAGUCCCAACACCAUCUGAAGGACUUCAAGCAGGCAGAGCAGUGAACAGUUGUUGCUUUUUCUUUUUUCUAGAAAGUGCAGCUCCCUGCCCCAAGGAACUUACAAUCUAAAGUUUGACAUUGAAAGAAUGAAGAACUGUCCUGCUGUAGCAGUCCUGUUUCUCACAGCAGCCAGCUGAAUGGGGGGAAGAACUGGAGGAGCGAAGGUGGUCCACAGGCAGGCAAACAGACAUGGAAUGAAACAGUGCCUUAAAGAGUCUGAUUUUCUAGAUUAAAUAGUCUGAAAUGAGCAGAGUGAACAAGUCUAAUGGCACCCUAGCAACUAAGGCUGCAGUCCUUAGGGUUUAAGUGAGAAGGUUGUAGUGCAGCAAUUGCAAAUAUUGGCCCAGUGGAUUCAGGGUGUGGUCAACACAUUGUUUGUUGCUGGAUAGAGUGGUUCCCACUACCCUGAAAGAGGCGGUGAUCCAACCACUCCUGAAAAAGCCCACCCUGGUCCCAUUGGUCUGGGACAAUUACCAACCAGUUGCAAAUACCCCCUUCCUAGGUUGUGGCGCAGCAAUUGCAAAUACUCUUGGAUGAAACAGAUUAUCUUGACCCAUCCCAGUCUGGGUUCAGGCCUGGUUAUGGGACUGAAUCGGCCUUGGUUGCCCUGAUGGAUGACCUUUGUCAGGAGAAGGCCAGGGGGAGUGCGACCCUGUUAUUCUUACUUGAUCUCUCAGUGGCUUUUGAUACCAUUGACCAUGGUAUCCUUCUGGGCCGACUUGGUGAGAUGGGUAUCAGAGGCACUGUUUUACAGUGGUUCCAAUACUAUCUCCAGGGUUGUUUUCAGGGAAUAGCAUUGAGUGAUUAUCUUUCGGCCCCCUGGCAGUUGUACUGUGGGGUGCUGUAGGGUACCAUGUUGUCCCCCAUGCUGUUUACCAUCUAUAUGAAGCCGUUGGGAGCAGUCAUCAGAUUUGGGUGAGGUGUCAGCAGUAUGCUGAUGAUACCCAGCUCUAUCUCUCCAUAACAUCUGAAUUGAUAGAGGCCUUGCAAGCCCUGGACCACUGCCUGGACUCAGUGGUGGGCUGGAUGAGGGUCAGUAAACUGAGUCUGAAUCCUAGCACAACAGAGGCGCUGUGGGUUGGUGGUUCCUGAGUCUGGAUAAUUGCCCAAUUGCCUGCUUUGGAUGGUGUCCUACUCCCUCUGGAAGAGCAGGUCCUUAGUCUAGGGGUGCUACUGGAUCCAUCCUUGUCGCUAGAGGCGCAGGUGACACCGUGCCUAAGAGUGCCUUUUUUCAGCUUCGGCUGGUAAGAGAGCUACUUCCCUCUCUGGACUGGAAUAGCUGGACCACUGUUGUUCAUUUGCUGAUAAGCUCCAGGCUGGAUUACUGUAAUUGCUGCUCCAUGUAUGGGGCUGCUCUUGAGGGUGGUCCAGAAGCUGAAGCUGGUGCAAAAUGUGGUGGUUCAACUGGUCACUGGGGUAGGAUAUUGCCAGCAUGUUGCCUCGCUAUUGAAAUAAUUGCACUGGCUGCCACUUAGCCACUAUGCUAAUUUCAAGUUGCUGUUGUUGGUGCAUAAAGGCCUAUAGAGCUUGGGACCAGGAGACCUGAUAAACCAUCUCACUCCUUAUAUGCCCAGCCAAUCACUGCCCUCUGCAGGUGAGGGGUCUCCUUCAGAUCCAUGUUAUCAGGACGUCCAUUUGGCACUACACAGGGAGUGGACCUUUAAGUCUUGUGGUGCCUACCAUUUGGAUUUCCCUCCCCUUACGUAUUGGGCAAGCACUGUCUAUGGUCUCUUUUUGGUGCCUACUGAUUACCUUCUGCUUCCAGCCAGCCUUUUAGGUAGAGACCUUUAUCCCAAUCUAAAUCUGUAUUGGAAUUGUUUUUAAGUUGUUUUUAUUGUGUUAUUGUUACUUGCCGCCUUGGGUCCUUUGGGAAGAGCAGGAUACAAAUUUAAUUAACAAUAAUCCUAUGCCCACAUAUCUAAGAGUAAGCCCCAUUGAACUCAGUGGAACUUACUUCCACGUGCAUGUCUAUAGGACUGUGCAGUAAACUGAUUAUUUUAAAGCACACAGUAGAAGUAUGAGCAGCCAAGCAUUUAGUGUUUAAUUGUCUAAAAUCAGUAUAUCAACAUGCAGAAAAGCAAGUGAAUAUAUGAUCUGUUGAUUGGAGGGAAAUCAUGAAUCACUGUUACUGAAAUUACAGCCUUUUGGACCUACUUUCUUGUAUUCAACCAUGACAUGGGCAAAGUGUCCUCUUAAUAACUAUCCCCAAAAUACUGCAGAGCAGCUUUGCCAAAAUUACUUUCCAAAUAUAGAAGAGGUUUUAAUAUAUAGUAUUCUUUAUUAAAAUAAGUUACAUUUGCUCAGUCCCUAUCAUCCUUCCAAAAAACUCAGUAACCCCCUAAUUCCCAAUCCAGCCUGGCAAACCCAAUUUAAUCCUCAACCCAUCAGCAGCAAGACAACGUUGGUAUAUUAAGAUUCCUUUCCCUGCACUGUUGAUUCUUUAGCAAAUGGCUGGUGGGGGAGGGGGAGGUUGAGAGUCGGUUGCCCGUUUUUAGCUUUCUAUGCAUGUGUGAGGCUUCAGCUAGAGCUAAAAUAAGAUUUUGCAUAAAUCUGAAAUUCUGCAGAAUUGUAUGCGAAAAUCCCCCCCACAAAAAAUCCCACUAAUUUUUCCUAACUCAAAGAUUCAGAUUAUUCUCAGAAAAUAUACUGGGGUUAUAUUCAAGAACAAAAAUGCAUCAUUUGAGUUUCAAAAGCUGCUUUAUUAAAGCUGAAACUCUGUUGUGUUCACAAAAUCUGUGCUCACUAAAAUCCAUCCCCAGAAUCCAAGUGUAGGUAUUCAAACUCCAGACUGAGUUUUUAUAUGUCGCUUUCUGAAAAUGUCUAGUGACAUACAUAUUUGAAAAGCCAAAUUGGCUAUUUUUCCAUGCCAAAUUAAAUUCAGUUCUGCUUUAUAAUA